AACAGGAAGUUUUGGUAAAGACUAAAGUGGAAGUAGAAAACGAAUGUGCCGUUCGCAUGAGUCUGAAGGCAGAAUGAAUAUGUGAAGUUAUGUCAUACUGCAGACGACUUUGUUUGAAAAUGGUGCAUUAGUCUUAUUUGCAGGGCAUUUGUCGCUUAGUUCAGAGCGUCAGAAAGCUGCCAACAUGCUGAGGCAGAUCCUUCAAACAAUGACGGUUGAUCCUGACCUCCUGGCCGAGUUGUCGGAUGAACAGAAGGCUGUACUGUUUGUCAAAAUCAGGGAGGAGCAGGUCAGGAGAUAUGAUGAACAUGAAAAGAAUAAUCAAAUUGAGAAGAUUCCUCGAAAACCGAAGAAAGGAAAGAAGAUGGUGGAAUUUCUGCAGGGUAAGGAUGGAAAGGAGUGGGUAUGGGUCAUGGGGGAACACAAGAAUGACAAGUCUAUUGAGGAGUUGAUUGAACUGGAAUGGCAGGAGAAGGCCCUCAAAGAAGCAGAGCGAGAGAUUGAGGAAAUCAGGAGGAGAGAAGAAGCAGAAAUAGCUAAAAGAUUGGAAGAAGAAAAAGAAAAACUGGAAAUGGAACAAAAACAUAAAGAAGAAGAACUUAGAAAACAGAGGGAAGAAGCAGAAUUAUAUGCAUCAUUGAAGCAGGCAAGAGAAGUGGCCAGAAAGUUAGAGGAAGAAAAACAGAAGGCCGAGGAAGAGGAAAAGAUUAGAGUGGAACAACUACGGCAGAAAGCGUGCCGGAGUUGUCAAGAUUUAGAUGAUAUGGAGCAUAGGAUUGCAGAGGAUAAGAGACAAUCUUUGGAGAGGUUAGUGAAGAAGAAAAAUCGUCGUAGUUCUGAAAUCUUCACAGAGUACAUGAGUAAGAGGGAAGAGAUGGAGAAAAUAGCAGAACAGAAUUUAAAAGAAGUGGAAUCAAACUGGCAGGAACAGGAAAAGAAAGCCAAAAAGGCAGAGGAGGAAGUAAAAGAGCUGGCCAGGCGAGCAAGGAUCGAGUACCAGAACUCACUAAAACUCGGCAUGAAUGUUCUAAAUGCUGUAUCAGCAUUCUCAGGGAAUGGAACCAAUACUAAGCCUCCUGUACCUCCCAAAAGCGAGGAGUUGAGGAAAAGUAUGGCAAAAGUUAUCAAUAAGAGGCCACCACGACCUCCUAACAAACAGGCUGUGAUUGAAUGGUUCCUAGAGGAGGAGAGGCCCAAAGGAGUGGGAACAGAUCUGAACACAGGAAAAGUGGCCGCAUGGUUUCACGGGGUGAUAUCUAGGCUAGAGGCAGAAAACUAUUUACUCAAUAUGACCCUUGGUAGUUUUCUGGUGCGAGUGAGUGAGAGAGUGUGGGGCUACACAAUUUCCUACCGAGCAGAAGAUCGCUGUAAACACUUCCUUAUUGAUACCUCAGACCAAGGAUAUCAGUUCUUUGGAGCCAAUCAACUAGUUCAUAGAAGUCUAGCAGAAUUAAUCAACUUCCACAAGAGUAACCCUAUCACAGUGACAGGAGGUGAACUAUUACGGACCCCUGUGGGACAAAUUAAAGAGCCGCCUGAUUAUCAGGAGCUAAUGAGGCCACGUAUAACAGAAAGUACUGCAUUAUAACAAAAAAAACCAACAUAACUCUAGAUAAAUCAGAAGAAAUUUACCUUACCAACUGAAUAGAAACCACAGAAUUGUAGAUAAAGAAAACAGCAUGGCAUUAUCAACAAAACCAGUUGCCUACUUGUUAAGAGCAAAGCUUUAGGUAGACCACCAUAACUUGUGACUCUAUACAGUUACUUCAGGGUACUGAAAGAUAUUAAAACAAUUGUUCAAGUUCACAAUGUUGUUCACAUAAUCAAAUUUGCUGCAAUACUUGCUCACAUUUUUAUUGCCUGGACAAAGAGAUGAUACUGUAGAAGUACUUUUUUCCAUGUGGUAUUAAUUUAUGUAUGUACAUGUACGUGGUCACAUAUUUUCUACGGAAAUUUGCCCCAGCAUACUAAAGUAUUUUGAAGGCAUGUAGAGGCAAUCUAUCUGAGAAAUACACACAGUAUCCUGCCCGUGGAUUGAACAGAAAUUGUGAUUCCAUGAAAUUAUACCGGUAUGUAUGACCCCAUGGAAAAAAGUAUGUUUACUUCGAGUAAUUUUCCCUUUUUUUAUUUUUCUACAUUUUGUGACCUGGAUCAGUUUAGACAUUUAUAGGUUGUAGUUUUUACAGCAGAGCUGUAUUAGAAUAGUUUACUGCUAUCAUGCACAGUAUUUUGAUUAUAAUUUUAUCCAAUUUUUAAUUUGACAUGGAUUUCUAGUAUGCUUGUGCAGUCCCAUUAUUUUAUGUCACAUAUAUAUUGCAGAUUUUUGUAGAAAAGAUCUGUCAAAUCUGCAUAAUGAAUUUAAACUACUGGAAAAUAUGAUUUGUUUGAUACAAUUUUUUGCUCAUUUGCCUCAUUGGGGUCUUGGAUCCACAAGGAGAUUUUGAGAUUCAAGUAAGGAUAUAAGCUGUUAGGAUUUUACAUGUGUUUGUACAAUCAUGGCAAUAAUAACAAAUCAAGUUUGAAUGUAUUUAUGCUUUUUUUUAUACAAAUCCAUAUGUUAUUACCGAGUCGUAUAGAAGUAAAUAAUACAUUUGAUAACAUUUGAUACAUGUAGUGUUUAUUAAGUAUUUACAUGCACAUUUUUACAUUUUAAAAAAUCAAAAAUUGAAAAUUUGAUCAGAAUUUUAGGCUGGUAAUUUGGACAUCAAAUCACACAUAAAUGCAAUAUCAUUUCUUGCAUUUUAAUAUCAGGAGACUUAAGUUCUGCUCACUUUAUAUUUGUAAACAAUUCCUAAAUAUUCUGUGGUGUGAAAAACACCAUAAACAAUGAUUUGUUGUAAAACAUGCUUUUUUCCCCUUAAGUCUUUGUGACUAUAUGUGUAAUAUAUUGACAAAAAAGUCAAAAAUGGUUGUUUUUCCAGAUAUUAUACAUAUAACUCCAUAAAAAAAUGUAUGAAGUUGUUGGCUGGUAACCCAGAUUGAUCAAAUUUGAGAAAUAUUUUUAUAAUUGUCUUCAGGCGAAUCCGAGAUGAAGUGCCCACCAUGUUUUUUCUCAUAUUGUUGGUGUUCCAUAUUGUGUACAGGUUAUAAGUGCUGUUAUUCUAUUUUAAGUGUAUAUACUUUAUAUAAGGUUGUAUCUAAUUAUAUCUCCAUAUCAUUUUAUAUACAUAUUAAUAUGAUCAUUAUUUUAACAGAACUUGGUCACAUUCUCUUUGUGCAGUGCAUUGUUUUUCAUUUAUUAGUACUGUAUGAAAUACUAUAAAUAAUUUCAAGAGGAUUAAUGAUUCGUCAUUUAAAUGUGUUUUUAUGCUAAUUAACAUCCUCGCAAGCCAGGGGUCCUGAGUCAACACGUUGCCGUUGGACCCCUGGCAUAUUUCAUUCAAUAUUCGUGGGCUUGCUUCUCUCAUUGAGAAGCACCAAUCAAAUUAAAGUUUUCAUAGGUAGUUAGAUAAGGAUUCAGUUGACACCUCAAAUGCACGUGUUACAAGUUGUUUAUCAUAGAAUGGCUUAAUGUGAUUGGUUGAGAGAUAUGAAAAACAAUCAAGAUUUGUAAUUUUUCCGAAAGAUGUCGCUACAGUCAGCUCACAAAUAUUGAAUGAAAUAUGCCAGGGGUCCAACGGCAACGUGUUGACUCAAGACCCCUGGCUAAUUAAAUGCUAUUCUUGAAUUUUUAUGCCAAUUAAAAACUUUAUUCUCAAUUUUCCAAACUUAUAAACAAAUAUGCCAAGUUAACAAUUGAACUUUUGUUAUAAUUGUUUUUAAUAAUCAAGUUUUAUGAGCCAGUACUCGUUUCCAAAUUUUCUGUUGGUGAACUAAGUGAAGUAAAAAGUGUGCAUAAAAGUGUUUAAAGGUUGUGAACUUUUUUGUUCAUAAUUGUUGAAGUUCAUUGCAAUUUAUUUUGGUGAGGCAACUCCAUUUGUUCAUGUUUUACUGUCAAUAAUUGCUGAAGAUGGUAAAACAGCAAGAGUUAAUUCCCUUCUUUAUGAUUCUUUGUGUUUUAUAUUUUAGAGUGGCAUCUAUUGAAAUGUUUUUAUUUAAUUCUGAAGGAUUACAUCUAGUCAUUAAUUUUUUUCCUUACAUUUUAUAUUUAACACUUUUUCUUCUGUAAUAAUUGUACAUAUUAAAUGGAGCUUAAUUCACACCCUAGUCCAUCAUAUUCAGCGUAUGGUUCAGUCUUGGAAAGUUUCAUUUUUUUUUUCUUUUUUUGAAUUGCAUUAGGAGUAACUGGAGUAUUUUCUUUGAAUGAAAGAGAAUUUUUAUGCUGCUGGGCAUGUGAAUUGGAACUAGGUAUUCUCAUAUUUUUGAUUAUUCAUGUUAUUUUUGCUUAAAAUCUUUUGUAAAGUGAAUUUAUUUGCCCUUUACAAACAAUAAAUAUGUACUGAUAAUAAAAAUUGACUCGAGUUUU